UAAUAGUCAAAUUGCCGGGUAGCCAAAAGGCGGGCCGGACGGAUUCGAACUCUCCGCUUUUCUCAAUCCUGCCCUUUUCCUCCUUCCCGCUGUUUGCUCUCUCUCUCUCUCUCCUCUUGUUUUUUCAAUUUGCUCAAACCCUUCUCUGGAAUCCGUGCCUCCCUCCCUUUUCCCUUUCUCUCCAGAAGGAAAAGGAAAAGCUGGCGAUGAUGGCGAAUCCGAGCGAUGAUCCGAGCCGCGCACACCAUCCUUCGCAAUUUCAGUUUCAGCUGCUCCAUUCUCAUUCACAGUCUCUAAGCACCGAAAGCAAUCAAAAUCAGAACCAGUCGUUGUCUUAUGGCAAACGAAUGUUUCCUACACAAUUAGGGAGGCCACCUCUCCUCUUCUCCUCUUUUGAUCACACUAAUACUCGUCUCGUCCACUCCCAGUUGAAGCAAACGAAAGAAAGAGAGAAUGUCGAGGCUCAGACAAGUGGAAGAGCAGACGUUUCUGGUCAUGGAAAAGUCGUUAAACAUCCUUUCCUUAACCCCGAGCUUCACAACGGUGGUAAGCAUAAUAGCAAAGCAAAGACUAAGAAGAAUGCCAAGUCUGGAGCUCAGAAAUCAAAUGCCGAGUUGCCCAAUGGACUGAAUGUGGCUGGUAACUGUCGAUAUGACAGUUCUUUAGGCUUGUUGACAAAGAAGUUUGUGAACUUGAUCAUGGAGGCCAAGGAUGGAACCCUUGAUUUGAAUCAUACUGCUGAAGUGUUAGAGGUCCAAAAGAGAAGGAUAUAUGAUAUCACAAAUGUUCUUGAAGGAAUUGGAUUGAUAGAGAAAACUUCGAAGAACCACAUAUGUUGGAGGAGAUCUGAUGAUAUGGGGUCAAAGGAGUUGGCUGAUCAAGUUACUAGGUUAAAGGUUGAGAUUCAAAGUUUAUAUGCUGAAGAAUGCAGGCUUGAUGAGUACAUAAGAGAAAAGCAAGGGAGUCUGAGGUCUCUGGAUGAAGAUGCAAAUUAUCAAAAGUGUCUUUUUUUGACGGAGGAAGACAUAAUGAGCCUUCCAUGCUUCCAGAAUCAAACAGUUUUUGCAAUUAAAGCUCCCGACAAUACUUAUAUUGAAGUUCCUGAUCCUGAUGAGGAUAUUGGUUAUCAACAAAGGCAGUAUAAAAUGAUUGUCAGAAGUCAUAACGGACCAAUUGAUCUGUACCUCCUGAGCAAAUAUGAAGGUCAAGUUGAGGAUAUAACUGUCAAACCGGAUAAAUCGGUGGAUGCAUCUUGUAGUUAUGGUCUGUGUGGAGUGCAAUGUCCAGAGCUGUCUUCAGAAGACAAAGCUAGUCAAAACAACUCUUCUAAAACAGUCGAUUUGCUUUGCCCUGAGGCAUAUGGGAUUCGGAAGAUAAUUCCUUCAGUCAGUGAUCAGAUUGAUGAUGAUUACUGGUUCCUGUCAGACCCUGGAGUCAGCGUCACGGACUUGUGGGAUACAUAGAACUUAGGAGCUUUUAACCAUUCAUGUUUCACUACAAUCAGAAUGGUUUAAUGGUCUAUCUGACAAAACCAGUGAAUACUAAUCUGUUCUUCUCUAUAACUUAACUGAAGAAGAGAUUCCAUCGUGUUAGAGGAUCUCUUUCAAGAUGAAUGCACUAACUAUAAUGCAGCAAAUUUUAAGCUCCUUUCCAAUUGUAAAUGAGAGGCAGGUAGUUUACAUUGAACAUGAUAUUACUGGUAUUGUUACUAGGCCAAAUUUCUGAGGUGUUAAUUUCAUAGCUAGAGCUUUCUUCUUUAAAGAAAGUGAUAAUUCUCGAGCCGAAGGUCCCUGGUAAUCUUCUGCAACGUCCCAGCAUGCAUGGACAGGCAGAAGAGAGUUGGAUUUAAAAACCCAAUAGAGGGAAAAACGGAAAUCCCGAAAGGAGGCCCAAAAGAGUGUGUGCAUAUUUGUAAUUACAAACCACCAAAGUGGGUCAGCCCGGAAGAGAAUUGGAUUCGAAAGCCCAAUAAUAGGCCAACAAAAGGCCCAGGAUACGUGGAAAAGCAAUCGGAGAGCCCAAUAAGGAAACAGAAUAAAAAAAUGUUUAUCGUCUUUGUUACGAUCUUCUCAUUUUUCUUCUUCUCUCCUCGGUUUUAGGAAGAGCUGGUGACAAUCUUUUUCAUCCACUUUUGCCUUAAUCAUCUGAAUCUUCACUGGAUUCCCUGAAGAUCGCAUACUCAGGUAAGAAACUGUAGUUUAACGGGCUUUAUGUUAAUUUCAGGAUUCACAUCCGUACGAUACUGAUAAAAUCCAAUUGGGAUUUCGGUUUGAAGUAAUCGUGCUUCAUGCUCAAAACUACUACCGACGUACAAAACAUUUGUUUUGUUGAAUUGGUGUUUGAUGACUGCAUUUACCUGGGUUUACAUGUAAUUUAAUUUUACAAAUGAUUAUUCUAAUCCAACUUAAUUACCAUUUGGUUCAAUAUUUGUUAAUCAUUUGUAAUAUCUCUCUCUUUUUCUCCAUUGGUUAUUCUUUAUAAUUUUAGUAUUAGGAGCAUGAUCAACAGUGUUUGUGUACAUUUAUCUUCAUCUUUUUUCUUUUUUUUUUGCAUUUGGGACUUAAAAAAUUUACAUAAAUGAUAUAGAAAAGUAUAUUAGAAUGUACCAUUUGCUGAAGGGUACACAACUAUGAAGCAAUGUAAUUAUUAUGCUUAAAAUUUCUGGACGACUAAAGCACCACCAUUUUGUUUUAUCUAUGUGAAGCAGUAAGUUUUGACAUUGUUUCUGGUAAGCACCUUAAGCAAUGAAUUGAAAUUUCAUGGCUUUAUCAGUGAGGUAGUUUGUAGUAUU